CCACUCCUGUUCCGCAGACCGGCACGCAAAGAAGGAAAGGAGCGGGCGUCCAACGAGGAGCCACGCGUCGCGUCACGCGAGGCGCGGGUCAGCGGGCGCUCCGGCGCGCUUCCGGCCACCUCUUCCGUUUCCGGUCCCUUCUUCCCUCCCCUCAGCACCGGCCGCUUCACUCGCCCAGCAGUCGCCCGCGCCACUCCGCUCCUCUCCUCUCCUCUCCUCUCUUGCGUGCAGACCCACCAGCCAAACCCUCGCUCGUCUCGACCACCCCGCCGCCGCCCAUUUCCGCCGCCGCUCGAAUCGUCAAACGCCGGGCAUCCUUUGCGUCGGCGUAGUGGGGUCACGGGCGGGAUCGGGGAGGCGAAGGAGUCCUCAGGGUUUUGAGGAAGGUUUUGGGGGGGCGAGUCCGAGCCGGCUCCGACGCGCGCCGCCGCGCGUGGGGAGGAAGGGAGUCGGCGAUGGCCGGGAAGAGGAAGCGAGUCGCCGAGGAGGAUAUCACCGAGGCGCGCUGUUUCACAUGCAAGGACGGUGGCGACGACCUCCGCAUCUGCGACUUAAAGGACUGCCUCAAGUUUUACCAUCCACACUGUACGGGAAAGGGAGAUGAUUUUCUUACUUCCGACGAGCAAUUCAUUUGUGAAUGGCACACAUGUGUCAACUGCAAAGGGAGUUCAGAUUAUCAGUGUUUGUGCUGUCCACUUUACUCGGUUUGCCGUGACUGCCUUGGAAAAGUUGAGUUUGUCCAAGUGAGGAAGCAGAGCAAAGGAUUUUGCAGAAGCUGUUUGAACCUGGCAAUCUUGAGCGAGAAGAAUGCUUAUGCUAAUCCUCAUGGGGUAAUUGCAAAGAUCGAUUACCAAGGUUCAGCGAUCUAUGAAAAUUUGUUUAAAGACUGCUGGGAAGUAAUUAAAGACAGAGAAAAUUUGUCAUUUUUUGAUCUGCAAGAAGCUAGUGUGCUUCUUGAUAGAAGCCUAAACUGUAAAUCUGGAGCAGAUUCAGAGAAAUUUCCAGAUGAAGAUCACAAGGCAGAUGAAAAUUCAUUGGAUGAUAAUGAUGACAAUGAGCAAACAUUUCCUUUUGACUCCAAGGGCAAACCAAAUAAAGUGAACGCGUCACUGAAGAAAAGCAAAUCAAACAAGAAAACAUAUGUUGGCUGGGGUUCGAAAGAGCUGAUUGAAUUCUUGUCAUGUUUUGGCAAGGACACAGCAAAACCUCUUGAUGAAUUCGAAGUUAUUGGAGUUAUUAAGGAGUACAUCAGACAGAAGAAUCUGUUCCAGGACAAUAAGAAAAAAAAAUUCAGGUGUGAUGAUAAGCUGCGCCCUUUGUUUAAGAGAAGUAAAGUGAACUGGAAUUCAAUCCAUAGGUUUCUGGAAAUGCACUUUGCUGCAAAUGCUGUUUCAGAGGAUGAAAGUCUUGAUGGUUCUGAAGAUGACAGUGGACUAACUAUGAAAAAGAAACCACGGACUAGUCUGGAGCCGAAGAUUGCUAAGAAGGUUUCAGAAAGGAACAAGAGAUGCUUUGCCUCACUUAAUCAGAAUAACCUAAAGCUAAUUUAUUUGAGAAGAUCUUUAGUUCUUAAUCUUUUGAGUCAUCCAGACACAUUCGAACAGAAAGUUGUUGGUUGUUUUGUUAGAGUCAAGAAUAAGCCCAGGACCCAUAUUUAUCAAAUACUUAAAAAGACAUACCAACUUGGGCUUGUGACAGGCAUUAUACAGUCUUCAGAGAAGUAUAAGGUAAAGGACACAUGUACAGAUAUUCUCUUACGUGUUACCGGUAUGUGGGAUGAUGUCGAGAUCUCGAUGUUGUCGGAGGAGGACUUUGAAGAGGAUGAAUGCAAUGAUCUUAUUCCUUUGGUUGAGAAAGGACGCUUGAAAAGGGCUACUGUUGCUGAGUUAGAGGAAAAGGUGGCAACUGUACAUAAGGACAUAGUAAAUCAUUGGAUUGAUAAAGAACUUCUGAGACUGGAAAAAGAGAUUGAUAGAGCACAUGAAAAAGGGUGGCGUGUAGAAAUGGAAGAGCUAAUGCACCGAAAAAAGCUUCUAAGCACACCAGCUGGAAGACAGCGUCUCCUUGAAGAGGUUCCAGAAAUUGUUGCGGAUCCAGAAGAUGAGAAAAAAGAAAUUGAACUCGAAAUUGCAGCCGGCAACUCUUCUCAAGAGAAUAGAGGUAAAAAAAGAGACAGAGCUUCUUGUUUGGUGGACAUGGGGAAAAAUUCUAAAGAAGCAACACAGGAGGUAGCUGAUUCCUUUGAUGUACUUAAAGAUGAACCGCCAAAAGGUGCAGCAGAGCAUGUAGCUGAAUCUUUUGAAGUUCUUAAAGAGAAACCACCAGAAGGUGCAACAGAGCAAGUAGUUGAUGCAUUGAGCAUUCCUAAUGAAGAAUCAACAGAAGGUGCAAUACAGCAAACAGUUGAUUCUUUGAAUGUUCUUAACAAGGAACCACCAAAAGGUGCAGCAGAUCAAGUAGCUGAUUAUUUAAGAGUCCGUGAAGAGGAAUCACCAGAAGGUUUCUCUUUAGUAAACAGUGCUACAAAGAAAAUGACUGAUCCUUUGAGCCUUCUUAACAAAGAAUCAUCAGAAGUUGCAUCGAAGCAAGGUUAUGAUACUCGUGAAGUUACUUCUGAAGCUGAAGCCCUUUCUAGUGGUGUUACUCGUGAUUCUGUGCCGCAUUCUCAAAUGCACAAUACUCUAGAUGGUAGCAGAGCUCAAGCCAUAUAUAUCAACAAAGAUGAAGGUGGCCACUCCAGGCGUGACAAAGGCAACAAAGUUUUGAUCAAUCUAGACAGUGAUGAAGAUGAGGAUCUUCACACGGAGCAACGUGAGCCAGAACGUGAAGCGUUGCUUGCUCCAAGGGCCACGAAUGGUGGGGAUCUUCACAUGGAGCGACCCGGCUCAGCCUCUGGUGUAGCCUUGCAUGCUCUGGGAGCCAUGAACGGGGUGGUUCUUCACCCGGAGCAGCACGAGCCAGCGCGUGCAGCCAUGAAUGGGAUGUCACCUCUCACACCCCUGUGGCAUUACGUAGAUCCCCAAGGAGUCUCCCAAGGGCCAUUUUCACUGAUGCAUCUGAGGCAGUGGAAACUAGGCGGCUUCUUCAGCGACGACUUCCGAGUGUGGAGGACGAGGCAGACAGUGGAGCAGGCUAUUUUGCUUACAGAUGCCUUCCAGCUGAAUCUGUAGAGCGUGCCUCUCCGUCGAGCCUUUUCAGUUAUUUUCCUUUUGUCUAGUCCUGAAACACCUUAGGUCAUUCUGCCAGAGAAUGCUCGGGCUUUAAUUCACUCUGGGUCGGAUUUACAGUCAGUUGGUACUCCAUUGACAGUCGAGUUGGGUAAACAUAGCAUGUUCAGGGUUGAAACUGGCACCCUCUGAAAAUGG